AUGAAGCUCCUUGUCGCGUUCGUCCUGGUGGGUCUGGUUGCUGGUGGGGUCAUACACGGUCCUACUGAAUCUGUAGUGGAAAAUGACUACCAUAAUAAGAUCGGUAUACCGUUGGCGGCUCGCUUGAAGGCGGCUGAAGAGGCUUUGGACUUCGAUGGCACGAGGAUAGUAGGCGGUGGCCAUGCCUCUCUUGGACAGUACCGUUAUACUGGUGGCUUGGUCAUCACCAUGACCACUGGCGGUACCUCCGUCUGCGGCUCCUCUCUCCUCUCCAACACCCGCGGUAUCACCGCCGCCCACUGCUGGCGCACGCAGUUUUCCCAAGCUCGUUCCUUCACUGUCGUCUAUGGCUCCCUUCUUCUCUUCUCCGGCGGCACCAGAGUCACCACCACCGAUGUUGAGAUGCACGCCAACUAUAACAUGAACACGCUUGUCAAUGAUAUCGCGAUCAUCAGGCUUCCCUGGGUUACCUUUACCAAUAAUAUCCAGCCUAUCCCCAUUGCCACGGGCACCGCCAACUUCGCUGGCACCUGGGCCUGGGCAUCCGGCUGGGGCCUGACUUGCGAUGGCUGCUCUCUCCCAACCAGCCAAGUCCUGUCCCACGUGCAGGUGCAAGUCAUCACCAACGCCGUGUGCGCCAGCACCUACGGCACUGCAACCGUUGUUGAUUCCACUAUCUGUGUUGACACCACCGGCGGCCGCGGGACGUGCAGCGGAGAUUCUGGCGGGCCUCUGGCUAACGCCGCUAAUAAUCAGCUGAUCGGUGUGACCUCCUUCGGUCACCGUGACGGCUGCCAGCGCGGCCAUCCCGCUGGUUACAUGAGGGUCACAGCCUAUGCCUCCUGGAUUCAGGCUCGUUUGUAA